CCUCAAUCCGACCCACCACCUCUCUUGUCUUCGUACGCUCAUCUCCCCAUCUUAGUCGUGCACUAGCACAGAACAGGAGCAUCGCCCAAAUGCAGGAGGACAGCGAGUACGAACCCGGCACGAGCGCGUCCACCAUCCGCGGUCUGCGCCGACUGAACACCGCCCUCCACAUGUCCGUGUCGUCGGGGUCGGACGACACAGCGGUCGACACGACAGGACAACCAACCGCGACACCCCAGCACUCAUGUCCGGCCUCGCCGCACAGUGCGCUAGCAUCGCCGAGCAGUCCGUCAGGCGACUCCGUGUCAUCCUUCCCGUCCGAGAUCUCGUCCUCCUUCCUCUUCUCGUCUGGUCCUGGCAGCCCUCCACAUUCAGGCCUGACCCGACACAGCUCACUGCCAGGCGAGUCGGACGACGGUGAUCUGCACGACUCGACCCAGGGGCUCAUCAUCCCGUCGCUGACGCUGCCCGCCCCGGCGAAGCGGCCGACGCCCUACGGCCAGACGCUGGGCGACCUGCGGCUGCUCAUCCUCGCGCCGCGACGCGCAGCGGCGUCGACCUCCUCGCUCACAGCGCAUCUGCUCGAGGACAAUGACGACAUCGUCGAGCUCGGCGUGUGGGAGGAGGAAGCCCACGGUGCGGACGCAGCCGCGCCGAAGGUGAGUGUGCUGCGUGCGUCCACGGACUGGGUUGAGCACCGCGAUGCGCAUGGGCUCGAGCACACCGAGGCCGCUCAUAACGUGGAGAUCGUUGAGCUGCCCGGAUACGACCCCUCAGACGACGCGGAGACCAUCCUCGGUCAUGCGCUGCCUAUUAUUCACAAUCCCUUCCACCAGGUGUCGGAAGUUCUUCAUCCAGAAUAUGCACCGAGUGCAGUACUUGCGAAUCUGUUGUCGUCUGGGUCAACGCCCCUGUACACUGCCCUUAUUCUACUCUUGACUUCAUCACCGACGUCGACAGAGAAGUCGCUUCUCGACGCUCUGAGCGCGCACAUCCCCGUCAUCGUGCUGCCGCCAUUGCCGGCACACCCAACAUACCCCUUCCAGACGACGUACCCACCUUCAACUGUCUCGUCUGCAUACUCGUCGCCGAGCUAUCCGUCGGGCUCCAGCUCCCCUCACACGAGCGCAGCGCUCUCGUCGUUCCGGCCCGCGACGCCGCAUGCGCUUCGCACAGGCCUGUUCCGCACGCCCGAGACCCUCGCGCGCCUGCGCUCAGAAGCGGCAGCCCGCUUCCUGCGGUGGCGCGAGGUCGAGCGGGCCGUGGAGAAGAUCAGCCCGAGCUCAUCUUCGGACACGGUGCGCGCACCGAGGACCCACGCGAGGACGAGGAGCGGCUGGGACAAGGCGCGAUGGGAGGCGGAGUGGGAGAGCUCGCUCUCGCAGGAAAUCGCAGUCGGGCUGCGGGAGCGCCGACGUGCUGACACCGCGGUCGCGUCGCGUCCGCGCGAGGACCAUCCGCCUGCGUUCUCGGGCGCGGAGCCGCGAGUGCGGCACGGCUCGCAGUGCGCACCGGCACCGUUCGACCCGCUCCACGUCGGGUCGCUGCUCAUGGUUUCGCUUUCGCUGCUCGGCCCCCUCAGGUCGCGCGUCGCGCGGUCGCUGCUCUUCCGCACUGACGACGCCGAGAGCAGCUCGCGCACGAACACCAGCCGGUCGAUGGACCUCGGGUUGGGACUGGCGCUCGUGGGUGCGUUCUGCGCUGGGAUCGGUUUGGGUCUUCUCGUCGCUAGAGGAUGAAUGACCGUCUUCGCUGGGUGGGCCCGGUGCGUGUUUGUACGUGUAGGCGGGCGUUCGUUGUUGUACUGCUGUAGCUGAUGUGCUUGUGUAUUGUUGUAACUGAUGCUGUACUCGUUGUCACACUUGCCAUGAACUAUACCUGUCUCUGGACUCUUGCAAUGUCUAUUAGCAUUGUGUACCUCACUUAAUUAUACCAGUAUGAAUUGUUGUCGUCUCUGCAACUAUAGGUAAGCAGCUUC